AUGUAACUAUGAAACAAUAAAAUCACUAUAUUGCAAAUCCAGUAUGCCAAAAAACAAGAGGAAUCCGUAAUAUUUGUAGAAUAAUGUAUUUGUGUAGCAACCUUUCAAACACUUUGGAAGUGGACAAUGCCAAACCGAUAUAAUACAGCAUCUCUGUAAAGCUAUAAAAAAAUAUAGACGGUUUAUUCCUAACAGGUCAAACAUUACACAUUGCAGACUAAAAGCUUAUUACAUUGAUGUCAGGACCUAGCCUGUAGUUUCAGCUAGUUUUAAUUGUGUCAGCUAUGUUAUUUAGUUGUAAUUCUGUGUUACUCAUUAAGUAAAGUUAAAAUAUAUCUAAAUGUUGUUUCUAGAGUAUAUUAACAGAACCGAAGUCCCGUUUAACACCAGGUUUUUAUCAUACGUUUCAACCUCAUUAUAUUUUUCUGAUACUAAAAGCCUGGGGAUGCAAGUCCUAUUUUAGCCAAAGCACUAGUAACUAGUUUAGUUUGAUUGAACUGCUGGUCUCUGUUUCAGUCUGACACAUGUUCUUUGUCUCCGCAGACCACGGUGCGUCUGUAUCCGUUCCAGAUCCACAGCAUCGCUCUCUCCUUCUUGCCUCCAUCAUGGGACCCUUCGGAGGAUUCUUCGCCAGCGGCUUCAAGAGAGCCUUCAAGAUCAAAGAGUUUGCUAACACGAUCCCGGGUCACGGUGGCAUUAUGGACCGGUUCGACUGCCAGUACCUCAUGGCGACAUUUGUUAACAUCUACAUUGCCAGCUUCAUCAGGGGCCCGAACCCCAGCAAGGUGAUCCAGCAGCUCCUGGCGCUGCACAUCGACCAGCAGCUCCACAUCUUCAACUCCCUGUGUUGCCAUUAAUGAUGACAGGAGGCACAGCCGGGCCCUCUGUCUGAUGGACAGAACUGUGUUCAUGAUG